AUGGGCGUGGCGAGAGCGAGAUUAGGCAACGAGGACAUUCUGUAUUCGUCACUCGACAUCGCUCCUCCCCUCGUCGCGCCUCUGCUCGCCUCGCCGCGCCUCCGCACGCCUCGCUGUGCCUCCUCUCGCCUCGCCGCGCCUCCGCUCGCCGCGACAAGCCUGCGCUCGCCAUGCCGCGCCUCCGCUCGCCGCGCCGCGCCCCCGCUCGCCUCGCCGCGCCUCCGUUCGCAUCGCCGCGCCUCCGCUCUCGUUUUCCCCCCUGCUUCCCCUCAUUUACUCCCCUGGUUGCUCUCGUUUUCCCCCCUGCUUCCCCUCAUUUACUCCCCUGCUUGCUCUCGUUUUCCACCCUGCUUCCCCUCAUUUACUCCCCUGCUUGCUCUCGUUUUCCCCCGUGCUUCCCCUCAUUUACUCCCCUGCUUGCUCUCGUUUUCCCCUCUGCUUCCCCUCAUUUUCCCCACUCUUUCCCCCUGCUUCUCCUCAAUUCCCCCUCUGUUUCCCCUCGUUUUCCCCCCUGCUUCCCCUCGUUUCCCCCUCUUCUUCCCCUCGUUUUAUCUCCCUAUCUCCCCGCCCUGCUUCCCCUUUCCCUCGCUUCCCUCUCCCCUUCUUCCCUAUCUUCCCUCUUCCCCACCCUCCUUCCUUUGGUAUUGUCUUCUUUCCCUCUCACCCUCUUCCUAUCUCCUCCUUUCCCUCACCCCCCCUCUUCAUAUCCCCUUUCCCUCUCAUGUCGUCAUAUUUCCCCCUUUCUCUUCCCCCUUGCUUCCCUCUUCCCCCUCCUCCCUGUCCCCCCUAUCUCCCCUCUUCUCAUCUCUAUCUGUUUGA